UUACAUCAGGAUAACGGAAGAAGAGUCCAGCAACAUGGAGGACAUGUGGCGUGUAAGUGUGGAUGUAUUAAAGCAACUCGCCCACGGCGGAAGGAAAUAAUUCAGACACACGCGCCUCUUUCUGACACGCGCUGUCUGAAGUUGGCCUGUGAAAUGUCCAGACCCACAUUCACACCGCUUCGUCAGGCGCUGGUCAAAAGCUUCCAGACUCUGGAAAGCAACCAGAAACUGUGGGCCAGCGCGUUGUCCGAGUGCAGCCCCCUCAUGGCGUCCCUCGGGAACUUGGCGGAACAGUCCCGGGCGCUGUCCAAAGUGCACAUACCCGACACUCCGCUCGGAACCUUCCCCGACCUGGAGCAGCGGCUUCGCUUUAAGCUCCUGCAAGCAAUGGACACGGUCCUGGGCAAACUCAACGAGAAGAUGUCGUCUCUGCAGAGUGUCCGAGAUGCCAUCAGUAACCAGGUGUCAACGGUGUUCCAGCUGUAUGAGCAGAACCGAGACGUUCUGGAUCUGCCCACCGUGACCAAGCGCUCGGCCACCAGCCCGUCCAUCGCUGACAUGAUGGAGUGGCUGCAGGAUGCUGAGCGCCACUACCAGCAGCAAUUUCUGAGGAGGACGGUUCUGCUUCAGAUGCUGCGAGCGGAUGACCUCUCACUACUGGAAUCUGCUCCCAAGAGGUGGAAGUCCCUGGAGUCUCCCAGUGCAGAGGAGAAUAUAACAGAUAUACUUUGCAAAGUGUCAUUUUUUAUGGAGUCCCAGUGAAAAGGGUGCGACUCACUUUGAACUACAAAAGAAGAACAGGAUCAUUGAAGGACAAUGUCAGUGUUGUAGUCGAGUGACAGCAAACGUGGCACUUUCACUCAUUGUCAGUAAAUAGACCGUUGAUUAAACUUUAUAUGAUCAUUUAAGUGAAGGGGACAUAGUCCCAUCAUUUCAAACUUAGUUGAUAAUAAAUAAAGUCACGAUGCACCAUCACA